CAUAUCUUCAGUACUAGUACUGGAAUAUUUUCAGGGGUGUAGCUUUUUCAGAACUCUGUUUUUUAAUCAAUCAGAAGAGGAUAGCCACUCUGUGUGAAAACCUGAGCAAAGCGAGGGUGAGCUUUUGUCACGAUGCCUCCUCUGUUCCUCAAAUUGGCGACUAGAGGUGUUUCGGAACUUAGUAUCUGCCUCUUCAUUGAGUGGAGAGGGGAAGUGGUUUGAUUUUUAACAGAAUGGGAAAAAUGCAAAUAAAUGGUAAUGGAGUCAAUGGAUCCAAAUCUACUGCAAAAGAAGUUAAUUAAUAAACUGGAGACAAACACUGAAGACAUGAUGCAACAAGAUUGUGAAAAGCGUUCUCACAGAGUCUCAGAGUUCAGAGCAAUCAGCAGAGUAACAUCGAUAACCACCGACAGUUUUACAAAAUGAAAUCUUUCUGUGUCCUGAUCUUUGUUUUAAGCAGUGAGCUUGUGGUUGGUCAGCGAAGUCCUCUGAAUGACUACCACCGCUCCAAAGGUGUACAACUAGUCCGUCCAUCUUAUUGGACACAAGAGAUGCCUUUCUCAGAAGAGGAUUGUGCCAUUCACUGUACCAGAACACUCUCAUGCAGAGCUUUUAACUACAAUCUCCAAAGCAAGCAAUGCCAGAUGUUAGAUUGGACCAGUCAGGAAACAGGCACAGAAAGGCAGAGGCACAAUCAUGUCGACCUAUAUGAGAAGAAAGACUAUAUGCGAGAAUGCAUUGUGAACAAGGGAGUCACAUACAGGGGAUAUAGGUACAUAACCAAAAGUGGGAAGAUGUGCCAGCAUUGGAGCUCUAAUGUGCCUCACGAACACAGGAACUCACCUAGUCAAUUCCCAAGGAAAGGGCUGGAUUUGAAUUACUGUCGCAACCCUGACAAUGAUGAGAAUGGCCCCUGGUGUUAUACUACGGACUGGCACACUCGGCUGGAGGACUGUGGCAUCAAGAGAUGUGAUGAAAUGGAAUGUUUGAUGUGCAAUGGUGAAGAUUACUCUGGCUUCGUGGACCACACAGAGAGUGGGAGAGAAUGUCAACGCUGGGAUCUCAGUUAUCCUCAUGGGCAUAACUACCAACCAGAGAAGUACCCUGAGAAGAAUUUGGACAAUAAUUACUGCCGCAAUCCUGAUGGGUCACGCCGUCCCUGGUGUUAUACCACUGACCCCGCAGUCGAGCGUGAAUAUUGCAACAUACGGAAAUGUGAUGGGGAACACAGGCUGAAUGACGUGGAAAUCACCAAAACAUGUUUCAAACAUAAUGGAGUAGGAUACAGGGGAACCAUAAACCAAACAUCAGCCAGAACUCCCUGUCAACGCUGGGACAAACAAUUCCCUCAUAAACAUGAAUUUACACCAGAAAACUACUCAUGCAAGGGGUUGGAGGAGAAUUACUGCCGAAAUCCAGAUGGUUCCGAAGCCCCAUGGUGUUUCACGAAAGAUCGCGGGGUCCGGACUGCAUUCUGUUUCCAACUUGAACGCUGCAAUGAUGACAUUGAACCUGAAGAUUGUUACACUGGAAAUGGGACAACGUACCGAGGAUUUGUUAGUAAAACCAGGAAGGGAAUCCCUUGCCAAAUGUGGAACACCAAUAGUCCUCACAGACCACGAGUGACUCCUCAGACUCACCCUAAUGCUGGUCUUCUAAAAAACUAUUGUCGAAACCCUGAUGGUGACAGUCAUGGGCCCUGGUGUUACACCAGUGAUCCCAAAGUGCAGUGGGAUUAUUGUGCCAUUCGUACUUGCAAUGGACAUGCCAAAUCGACAAACAAGGAGGAUCCAGCCUCAGUCGAAUUUGAGUCAUGCGGUAGGCGGGAAGACCGGCCAGUGGAAAACAAAAAGAGUCGUAUAUUAAGAGGCACACCUGGUAACUCUCCCUGGACUGUGAGUCUUCGCAACAGGGAAGGGAAGCAUUUUUGUGGUGGGUCCCUUGUGCGCAGGAACUGGAUCAUCAGUAUGAAGCAGUGUUUUUCCUCCUGUUAUGCUGAGUUCAGGGGGUAUGAAGCCUGGAUGGGAACCAUUUUAAAAGACCCCAGGUCUGAUGACCCAGACAAGCAAGCUAUCCCCAUCCGAAGGGCCGUGUGUGGACCAAAACAUUCCAACCUGAUCAUGUUGGAGUUAGAGAGACCUGCCACCUUGAACAGUCGGGUUGCUCUGAUCUGUCUACCCCCUCAGGGUUAUAUCGUUCCUGAAGGGACUAGCUGUGAGAUAGCAGGUUGGGGAGAGACCCAAGGUACGGGCCGUGAUGAUGUCCUGAAUAUCCUUGUGAUGCCAGUGAUAAGUAACAAUGUAUGUAAUCGGUACUACAGAGGUCGCCUGGCUGAGACAGAGAUCUGUGCUGGGACAGUUCUGCGGGGAUUUGGAGCAUGUGAGCGGGAUUAUGGUGGGCCUCUUGCUUGCUUUACCCACAGCUGCUGGGUGCUUGAGGGAGUCAUCAUUCCAAGGCGUGGAUGUGGCCGACCGAAUCACCCUGGCAUCUUUGUCCGAGUUGCAAUGUACGUGGACUGGAUUAAAAAAGUCAUAGAACUCUAGGCGCCAGCCUUUCAGUGGGAGAUUCAGCAUCUGUGAUACAAAUAUUUCCAAACACCCAGCCCCGUUAACUUUGUAACAUCAUUUUUCCAUGGCUUUCAGAAUAAUCACCUUUAAACAAUUAGCAGUGUAAAACUAACAGCGGUUUACUUAUUACACGUGGGAGGAUUUGUUAUUUCGUGAAACCAAUGGGUCAAUGAAGUUAUUUUUGGGGAGAUUUACUAAUUAAUGGUGUGAUUUAUCAAUCAUCUUUGAGAGACUUCACUGCAGUAAUGAAUCAAUUAUGUCUGGGAUACAAUUUAAUUAAAAUGCAACUUUCACUCAGCACUGUUUUGAGUGUUUGGCAUUAAUUUAAAAUCUGAUAUCUGGAAUGACUCUUCUGACACAGUAUUUAACUGUGCUACAUUAAAGAGCUCUUUUGGCACUUCUUUCAUGACAAAAUAUUGCUGACAUUUAAUUCCGUUUAACCUGCCUGUCGUCUCAUGUAUAUAGUCAUGAUACAGUCAAUGCAUUGUAUACAUAAAUGUCAUUAUCAGAGUGUUGUACUUUUUACCAUGUUGCAUUUUCUAUAGAGUUUCAGAGCAUCUUGAUAAAUCUAAUUUUCAAACCUGUCACAUUGAUGUUGGGCAAUGACACAAUGAUUUUGGUAGAAUUUUUAUUUGUAUAGAUGUGAUAACCAAUGAUCACUUACCUCUAAAAUAAAUAUUGAAUUAUGUUCCA